AUGGCGUUCUUAUUCAAUCGAGGUGGGCGACAGAAACAGCCAGCUGAACUGGCUCGUUCGUUGAAAGAUCUACUACCAAAAUUGUCUGACAAUGGCUCCCCACCCAAGGUCGAAGAAGAGGUGGCCAGGACAAUGUCUCAGAUGAAGGUGAUAGUGCAGGGAACACAAGAAGCCGAAAGUAGUCCUGAAGAGGUUCAUAAACUCAUCCAUGCCAUUAUACAAGAAGAUCUGCUCUACGACAUAUCGAAGUCAGUAAGGUUAUUGCCUUUCGAAGCAAGAAAGGACACGCAGAUACUCUUCUCCCACAUCCUGCGAUUCAAGCCCGCCAAUGCAGCACCAGGCGACCCGUCCGCAAUAUCCUACCUCGUCCUUCAACGUCCAGAGAUCAUAAUCGAACUAUGCCGAGGCUACAACCACGCUCAAUCAGCCAUGCCAUGCGGCCAAAUCCUCAGACAAGCUCUUGCAUAUGAUACAAUAGCCGCUGUCGUUCUCUACGACGAGUCCCAGCCUGGCGAGCGUGCCGUUCAACUAAAAGAGGUCGAUGUCGGCCAUCGCCAAUCUGGAAAAGGCACAUUCUGGAAUUUCUUCCAAUGGAUCAACAAAGGCAGUUUCGAAGUCAGCGCCGACGCAUUCACCACCUUUCGGGAUCUCCUCACGAAACACAAACAGCUAGUCUCACAAUACCUAGCCACAAACUAUGAACUCUUCUUCACGCAAUACUACAACCCCGUCCUCCUCCUCUCACAAUCAUACGUCACGAAACGGCAGUCGAUAAAACUCCUCGGUGAGCUAUUACUCGACAGGUCGAAUUACGUCGUCAUGACACAAUACGUCGCGUCCGGAGAUAACCUGAAACUCACCAUGAACCUCCUGAAAGAUGACCGAAAAAUGGUCCAGUACGAAGCAUUCCACGUCUUCAAAGUAUUCGUUGCGAACCCGAACAAGAGCGACGAAGUUAGGCGCUUGUUGAUCAAGAACCGGAGCAGAUUAUUACGGUUCUUGCCGAAUUUCCUGGAGGGUCGUACGGAUGAUGAUCAGUUUCUGGAUGAGAAGAGUUUCCUUGUGAGGCAGAUUGAGUUAUUGCCUGAGGAAGGCAGUGAGGCUGCUAGAGCGAUGCUGGGGCAGGGCCAGGCUGUGGACGCUGUGGCAUAG